CUGCUAGAGGAGGUGUUUUUUUACCUCAGCAUGUGUGUGUGGGUGGGUGUGUGUGUAUGAAAGAUAUUGAGAAGAGAUCCCGAAUGAGUGCAGGGUGUCUGGGAGCAGAGGGAAUGAUGAUGGGUUGACCUUUGGAAAGCGUCUCACCUAAAAAACCUGGAGAACAUGGAAGCCAAAAAGGUCCUCCAUUUUGUGCCAUCUGAUGCUCCAUCCACCGGGAUGUCCAAGAAUGGAUAUGUUUUCCAAGAGAUGGAGCUGCAGGAUGGGGGGCAGGAGGAUUGUGGGCAAGAUUCACCUGUCACUCACAAGGACCACAUCUAUGACAACCAGAUCAGUGUUUCAGAUCCUGACUGCCCUGGGUUUGGGCUUUUAAACACAACAAGAAAAUAUGUGAAGCCAAUGAACUUCCAGGAGGAAGUGCGCGCCCACAGAGACCUGGACGACUUCCUGGCCCAGGCAAGCAUCCUUUUGGAUGAGAAAGCUGCCAGUCUGGAAGAGGUCCUGAGGCGAAUGUUAACUCACGUGGUGGAGGACGGCCACGGGAGCUGUGACGUGGACAAGGUCAUGAAUUCAAUGUUCACAGACGCAGGAGGGAAGGAGUUUAAUGUUCACCUUCUGUCAGAGACCAUUCAGGGUGUGAUUGCUACUACCACUGGCGUUCGUUACCAGCAGUCCUGGCUGUGUAUUCUCUCAAAUGUGAGGAGCCUGCAGAGACGUCAUGUCUGCAUCGCCCGCCUGGAGAGGCCUCAGAACUGGGGAGUCAACUGCUGCGAGGCUCGCUACGUCAUCCUCAUCCUGGCCCCCCCUAGAACGAAAAGCACCAAGACGGCAAUUGAACUCGGCAGAACAUUUGCUACGAUGUUCUCGGACAUUUCCUUCAGGCAGAAGCUUCUGGAGGCCAACACCGAGGAGGAGUUCAAACAGGAACUGGUCUACCAGCGACAGCAGCUCUCCAUAGUCAAGGAGAAGUUGGUCGUAGAAGAGGUGGAGGACUCAGAUCCACGUACAGGGAAACCACUUCAGUGCAAACAUUUCUUUAAAGCCGGUAAAGGUGUUUAUGAUGACCUCCGCCGCAGACUCCCCCUCUACCCCUCAGACUUCACAGAUGGUCUUACUGGGAAGGACCGCUGUCUGCUGAAGUACACCACCACUGCUAUUUUCCUCUACAUUGCUAUUCUACUGCCUGCGAUUGCCUUUGGCUCACUGAAUGACGAAAGCACAAGAGGAGAGAUAGAUGUUCAGAAGACCAUUGUUGGCCAGAGCAUUGGAGGAGUGAUCUAUGCUUUGUUUGCUGGCUCGCCACUCGUCAUCCCACUGACCACUGCACCGCUGGCUAUCUUCAUAAGCGUCAUCAGGGGCAUCUGUGACGACUAUGACCUUGACUUCGAUGCUUUCUACGCCUGCAUUGGUUUAUGGAACAGUCUGUUUCUCAUCCUCGGAGGCUUAUUCAAUGUCAGCCUGCUGAUGAAACUCUUCAAACGCUCAACAGAAGAAGUCAUUGCAUUGUUCAUCUCUAUAGCAUUUGUCGGGGAUGCAGUGAAAGGCACAAUCAAAAUUUUUAAGCACUAUUACUAUGGGCCCACACUGGCAACCACAAACAGCACACUGGUGCUUCAGCAGAUUAAUGAGAUUCUAGAGAAGAUGAAGAACCAGACGGAAAACACGCUUGGGAAUCAUAAUGAGACCGUGUCACUGAUGGGACAUGCAGAAGAACAUGCACUAAUCUUCCUGCCUGAGUCUCUGGUGGUGUGCACAAGAGAAAGGCCCGUCCUCUGUCUGUUGCUCAUGCUGGGGACUUUGUGGCUGGGUUACGCCCUCUACCUCAUCAAGAGGAGCCCGUAUCUGAAUGGCAGAAUCAGAGAGGUGGUGUCUGACUGUGCUUUGCCUAUCUCUGUGGUGAUAUUCUCCUUCAUUGGCUCCUACCUUUUCCUUGACAUAAAGCUUCCUGUGUUCAGUGUCCACGAUGGCCCGAUCUUCAACUUCCCUCCAUUUGAGAAGCUGUCAGGAAUGAACACACUGAGUGCUGUUGGCCUGGGUUUCCUCCUCGCGUUACUCAUCUUUAUUGACCAGAACAUCGUCAUCUCACUCACACACGUGCCAGAACACAAGUUGUUAAAAGGCACAGCAUUCCACUGGGACUUAAUGUUGACUGGCUUCAUCAACAUCCUCAUGUCCUGUCUGGGGUUGCCAUGGAUGCACGCUGCCUUCCCACAUUCUUCCCUGCAUGCCCGUCAGCUGGCAAAAGUGGAACAGCACGUAGAGAACGGACACCUCUACACAACUAUUGUCAGUGUGAAGGAGACACGUCUGACCUCGCUGGUGGCCAACAUCCUGAUCGGCCUGUCUGCAUUCAUGCUGCCCAUUCCUCUGCAGUGGAUCCCCAAGCCUGUCCUCUACGGCCUCUUCCUCUACAUUGCAGCCACUUCACUUGAUGGGAACCAGAUGGUGGACCGCAUGGCCCUGCUGCUUAAGGAACAGACCUCCUAUCCUCCCACACACUACAUUCGCCGUGUGCCUCAGAGGAAGGUCCACUACUUCACAGCGCUGCAGAUGAUCCAGCUGAUCAUCUUGUGUGCGUUUGGGAUGUAUCCUCUGCCCUACAUGAAGAUGGUCUUCCCCCUUCUGAUGAUCCUGCUGGUCCCUAUCAGGACCAGCCUGCUUCCCAGAAUCAUCGACGCCAAGUAUCUGGAUAUCAUGGACGCCCAGCACAUGUAGAACAACAGAGAAACCUUACGAAAACAUUCACUUUCUGGAAGGGAAACAGACUCCGAACUUAGUGAUUGUGUUACUAACUAAAUGAAAUGCAUUUGGGCUGCAAGAUUCUGAAGCGAGCACUCUGCGGGUGACUGGACGACCAUUUACACCCAUCAUUUGCUUUUUCAUUGUUCACCACACAUUUACCAUCGAUGUCACUGGCUUUAAUAUGUAACAUUUCCACAUCUUUAUUGCAUUUAACAAUAUAGUCAUGCAGGAAUUUCUUCUGUUUUACUUACUUCACACACGCAUCUGUCUUCGGCUGGAAACUGACAGGUGCACAAGUUAAUGUCAGAGACAUUUUUU